GCUCCCAUAGUCAUGGGACUCGCUUCAACCUUUGGCGCCGUCGCCUCAUCGACCAUAACCUCCACCGGAGCAACAGUAAUUACUGGAGACUGCGGUACCUGUCCCGGAACAUCCAUCACUGGAUUCGGUGCCGGAGCAGGAACAUGCACCGGGAGUAUCGAUUCCGACACCACCGCCUCAUGCAAUGCCGAAGCAGCAUGCCUCACCGCAUAUAACAACGCCGAGGCCCUUGUCCCCACUGAGACCCUCUCCACGGAUCUUGGAGGUCAAACACUUGGCCCUGGCGUCUAUGGGUUCACGACCGUGGAUGCCGUCCUCUCUACAACUCUCACUUUGAACGGAACCUCGAAUCCGAAUGGCCAAUUUGUGUUCCAAGUCUCAACCACGUUCCAGACGACGACGGCUACAGCGCAAGUAGUGCUCAUUGGUGGUGCGCAGGCUUGCAAUGUGUAUUUUAUAGUUGGGAGUUCUGCUACGAUUGUUGGCGGGUCGCAGAUGCAAGGCAACAUUUUGGCUUCUGCUUCUAUUGCUUUUCAAGGUGGUGCUAGUAGCCAAGGUACUGCUUGUGCGCUGAACGCAGCGGUCACUUUGAUUGAUAAUGCUCUUACAUCUCAGCCGAGUUGUUCUACUUGAAGGAAAGCUCGAGUUGAAUGUGGGAUAGAUGAUAUUGAGGCUAAUGCGAGGCCGUGUGAUUGAUGUAUUCUGGGCAACGCUUUCAGGUAAUAGUUGGCAGUAG